ACGGACGUGAUCACCCGGCUCACGGAUGAGAAGGCCCUGAUUGAGGAGCAGCUGCAGCAGGAGAAGCUCCAGCGGGAGGAGCUUUGCCGGCAGCUGCAGGCACUGGAAGCGAAGCAGCGGGCUGCCGAUCGUGCCUUCGAGGAGAAGAAGGAGAUUGAAGAAAAGCUGAGGAUCGAGAAGCAGAAAGAGCACGAGCUGCAACACACGGCCGAAAAGGAGCGACUGCGUAAGGAGCAGGCGGACUUGCAGAAGGAGACGUUGUUGGCCAAAGAGUCAGCUGCAGACCUCCAGAAGCGCCUUUCAGUGCUGGAGCAACAGGAGCAGCAACAGCGAGCGGAAGCUCGAAAGGAGCAGGAGCUCAGAUGUCGCCUGGAGGAGGAGAGGAAGCUCCAGCAGGACCGCGAAGCGGAUCUUGUCUCACAGCUGGACGCUUUGAAAGGAAUUCAAGAAAGCUUCGCGCUGGAUGAGGAGCAACUUGCAGCCAAGCGCGAGGAGCAGCAUCGCCAACGCGAGGCAGAGUUGGCUAAGCUGGGUAUGCACUGCGCCGGGAUGGACCUUGACGAUGUGCCCAAGGCACCAAAGCUUGUCAAUCUUCAUCCAGAUCCUGCCCUCAAGGCCUGGCCCGGCUGGCCGAUUGCAAUCCCCUUGGUGGUUCACGACGCCUUCUUCGACAACCUGAUUCUGCUCAUCAUGGCCAAGAUGCUGACCGCGCUCCUGGCCUUCCUCAUGGCGGGUGCCCAAGCGCGACUGGGCGAGACUUCGGAGAGGCCCAGGAAUACAUCCCGGCCGUCUCCGGAGGACCUGCUCCCAGGCGGCGCCGCGCGCAGAGAGGAAUACUGGUCGAAUUCCACGCUGCGCUUCAACGUGAACCCGAGCCUCUCAAAGUUGCACGACGUGACCAGGAGGCUGGGCUACGACCACCUGGCAACGACCACGCGCUACGGAGACACUUGCUGCGCUUCCUGCGGGUCAAUCGACACUGCCAAACUCGUUGCUGGGACAGGGUUCUACGCUGUGGCAUCUGCGGAGGCGAUGCAAGCUCAUGGCAUCGGCGAUGGGCAUUACUGCACCAAAGAUGCAUCGGGCUCUUCAGGCAUGGGCUGCCUGUCCUGCGCAAGGGGCAAAUUCCUUUGGUAUCAUCCCUUCGACUAUCCCUUGUGGGCGCAGAAGGGGUCUUCCAUCUUCCGGAAGGAGCUGAAGAUCGUCGUUGCCGACACGUGCCCGCAUAAGGGCAACGAAGCCUGGUGUCCGGGCCGCCAGGGAUCCUCGAACCAGUUCGGUGUCCGGCACCACUUUGAUUUUGCCAGUCCGCCGGGCAAGUACGACAACUACUACUUCGCCUGGAAGAAGAUGGAGUGUCCAGAUUACAUCAAGAGACGAUAUGCGAGCCUGAGCAGGUGCUGA